AUGCGAAACAUCGGGCGGAGGUAGGCAAACUGAUUGUCGGAAGAGAGCAUAGGAAACGAGGGAUAGGAAAGAUGUUGCUUGAUCGCAUGGAGGACGAAGCUCGAAAACACGGUCGGAAAAUACUGGUCCUUGAUACCGAAACUGGUUCCGGCGCUGAAUUGUUCUAUGAACGUCUGGGAUAUUCAAAGGCCGGUGUGAUUCCAGACGCUAGCCUGGCUCCGGAUGGGAAACGAUAUACCAGCUACACGUACUUCUAUAAGAGGUUGUGAAGGAAAAUACUUUUGUAAAGACUAUUUCAAACUGGUUCUACAUACAAUGCAUUCUGUUACACUGAUAGCUCGUGACGGUAUG